GUUUCCUGUGUAGACAAUAGCGAAGCAAUAAUCGUAUAGCUGAUUACACUACACUAUUGUGCUAUCGUAGCUGUAGAAGGCUAAGCUCUUGACAAUUGAAAAUAUUUAUUUCUACCGCUCCCGUUUUGUUUGGUGUUUCAAAUAUCAGUGGAAAAAUGUUUAAAACUCAUGCGCCAAGCACUGUUCCGCAGCGUUCACCGAAAAUCUUCAAGUACUCCCCGGAAUCACUAGCCGCUGUAGAUAUUUCAUUCGAAUCGUAUAAGCAGGCAAAGUACUCGAAUACGCGAAAAAGAAGCUUUUCGCCGAUCAUCAACGCACAAAAUAUGCGAUCGCCGGACAUUUCCCCAAUUGCGAUGAACAAGACCUUUCGAGUAUCGCCACGAAUGAACACACCGAGAGUCAAAUCGACGGGAGCGGCGUAUCCAAUGUGUAAACUCCCUUCAGUCAUGAACACACGGGAGAGGCGUAAGACGAUGUUCGUGAUGACGACACCAUUGGUAAAGCGUGAACUUGAACAUCGAAUCUCCGUAACCAACAUCCUGAAAGAUAUGAACCUCUCCAAGUAUAUUGGCAUCUUUAACAGGGAAGAAAUCGAUUUUGAAGUUUUUCUAACACUUUCGGAAAAGGAUUUGCAUGACAUAGGAAUAGAUUGCCAGAAGGACAUCGAGCAAAUUCUAGGAAAAGUAUCCCAGUACAAUGCCUUUGUCUGAUUUUCGGCCGGCCGUCAAUUAAUGUUACGGUUGUAAAUGUUUUUAUGUCUAGAUGAAUAACUUGUAAUGACUCUGUACUUUUUAUUAUUUAUCCAUCAGUUUAGACUUGUACUUAGGUUUUCAUAACAAAAGAAGAUUGUAAAACAGUCAACAAUGAGCACGCUAAGUUAAAAACUUUACGUUUCACGAUUCUCUGUGAGAUUUAUGAUACUUGUACGAUUGUUUUAAAUUAAAUAGCUACGUGAAAUGGAUUCCCUUCUUUUUUUAAGAGGAA